GUUUUGUACCUUCCACCGUUUUCGUGGUUCAGCUUCAAGCCAAAAGAAAUCCUCUGCCUAAAGAAUUCCUCUUAGAUCUUACUCCGGAAGGGCAACUCUGAUUUUCUCUAAUUCCAGGCGAUCAUUCUCACAGAUUACGGUAUUGCAAAUCCCAAAUUAUGGAAUUCAAUUCCUCCUCUCCCAAAACCAUCUCUGUGGUUUCCACUUUUGCCACUCCCUUCGACAAUAAUUCCCCUCCAGUCAACGGCACCCUCAAUUCUCAAACCCGCAAGCCAAUUGCUUUAUGGCCAGGAAUGUACCAUUCCCCUGUCACCAGUGCUCUCUGGGAAGCAAGGUCCAAGAUCUUUGAGAGGCUUCUUGACCCACCUAAAGAUGCACCUCCACAGAGUGAAUUGCUUACCAAAACUCCAAAGCAAAGCCGUACAAGCAUCUUGUACAAUUUUUCUUCUGAUUAUAUACUUAGAGAGCAGUAUAGGGAUCCUUGGAAUGAGGUCAGGAUUGGGAAGUUGCUCGAGGACCUUGAUGCUUUAGCUGGCACCAUUUCUGUCAAGCACUGUUCUGAUGAUGAUAGCACAACAAGGCCACUCUUGCUUGUCACUGCUUCUGUUGACAAAAUUGUCCUGAGGAAGCCAAUCAGUGUUGACAUUGAUCUCAACAUAGUUGGUUCUGUUAUAUGGGUUGGCCGGUCGUCAAUUGAAAUUCAACUGGAAGUCAUUCAAUCCGCCAAAGAGGGCUCUGAUACUUCAGACUCAGUAGCUUUGACGGCAAACUUUAUAUUUGUGGCCCGUGACUCCAAGACUGGGAAAGCUGCUCCAGUGAACCACCUGUCACCAGAAACUCAAGAAGAAAAGUUACUGUUUAAAGAAGCUGAAGCGAGGAGUAUACUGAGGAAAAGGAAGAGGGUAGAAGAGAGAAAGGAAUGUGAGAAUGGUGAGGUCAAUAGACUUGAAGCUUUGUUGGCUGAGGGAAGAAUCUUCUGUGACAUGCCAGCCUUAGCUGACCGAGGCAGCAUUCUUCUGAGGGAUACCCACCUUGAAAACUCUUUGAUUUGCCAGCCGCAGCAAAGGAACAUUCAUGGUCGAAUCUUUGGUGGGUUUUUGAUGCAUCGGGCUUUUGAGUUGGCUUUCUCAACUGCUUAUGCAUUUGCUGGAUUGGUUCCUUACUUUCUAGAAGUUGAUCAUGUUGAUUUCUUAAGACCAGUGGAUGUUGGAGACUUCCUGCGUUUGAAAUCAUGUGUUCUUUACACGGAACUUGAAAACCCAGAGCAGCCUGUGAUUAACAUUGAAGUUGUUGCUCAUGUUACCAGGCCUGAGCUGAGAUCAAGUGAGGUAUCAAAUACAUUUUACUUCUCUUUCACUGUACGUCCCGAGGCAAAAGCCAGGAAGAAUGGAUUUAGGUUACGCAAUGUGGUUCCAGCAACGGAAGAAGAAGCACGUCGAAUCCUAGAACGCAUAGAUGCAGAGACCUUACAGACGAGCAAGGCAUAUACAAAUAAGAAAUGUCUUUAACCAUUUAAGAUACUGAAUUCUGAAUUAGGAACAACCUUCACACAACCCACACGUCACUCACUAACUCCCAUCCCACCCAAUAAAAGGUUACUAUAUUUUUAUUAGAAGUAGGGAUGAUAUAAGGUAUAUUCUGGUUAAAAGAAUUGUAGCCUUCAUAUUACAUUACAGGUGUAUGAACUCCCCACUUCAAAAUGAUCUCUGAUCUUGCAA